AUGCUCGCACCAUCCUUCAAAUACUCCCCGCCUUGGCGCCCGAACGUAACCGUUUCAACCAACAGCUUUCGCUUCUCCGUUUCUCCCCACUCGCCGGAGCUCCAAGAAACCAAGAACCCAUCAUCCCCACCUCCACCGCGCAGCGCCCAUCGACAGAUAGAGCAGUUCCAGGACGGCCACCACGUGCGGCUGCGGAGCCGCGAGCACGGCAUGUACCUGCACGCCAACAAGGACGGCCGUGGCGUCUCCCUCCGCCGGCCCCGGGCGUCGAUGAACGCGGCGUGGGCGGUGCACCUGUACCAAGACGAUAACGAUGCCCAGUACGUGCUCCUCCACAGCGCCGCCUAUGGUGGCUACCUGGCGGCCAUGGACGCACCGGCGCCGCUAGGCCACUGCGGGCGCCGCGUCGAGCAGCGCGACUACGAGGAACGGGAGGAGGAGGCCGUCAGGUGGCGGCCCGUCAGGUUCGGGAGCGGGGACUACAUCCUGCUCCGCCACGCCAGCGGCCGCUUCCUCCGCGCCAACGGGAAGUACCUCCCCUGGAACAACGGCGCCAGCGUCGACGACUUCGACACCGUCAGCACGAUGACGCACUGGGUCGUGGAGCGCAUCCCCGCCAGGGAGGGCAUGCCUGAGCUCCCCCUCGCCGGAGGCCUCGACGUCCUGUUGCCGCGGCGGUGGAUCGUGUACUGAAACUGUUAUUAGUCCCAAAAACAGAUUACUGAAACUGCUGCUACUCUGGUUCAGUUAAGACUUGGGAGUUUGUCUGAACUGUUGUGUUUGAUAUAAGUAGAAGUAGUUGAAUGCUAGAAAGUGGUCUGAAGCUAAUUAACUGUUGGGAGAAAAACAUUUCAUAAACACAUAUUCACAACAACCUUGAUUUGGAAAUUAUUGGUUUUGAACUGUCCAUGAUUUAGAUGAAUCCA